AUGGCGUCCGGUUUCGUGGAGUCCCUUGUCGAGGCGGCCGUGGAGAGCAGAAAGUCUGAACUGCACGCCCUGAGUGACUACCUCUGGCAGAACCCCGAGCUGGCUCUGAGAGAAUUCAAGGCACACGAGAGGCUCACGGAGUUCCUCGAAGCCCAGGGCUUCAGGGUGCAGCGGCACUGGCUUCUGGACACCGCUUUCCGCGCAGAGUUCGACAACACCGAAGGCGCUCAAGGUCCGACGGUGGCCUUCUUGUGCGAGUACGACGCUCUCCCGGAGAUCGGACAUGCCUGCGGACACAACCUGAUCGCCGAGAGCUCGGUGGCAGCCGCCGUCGCCGUCAGGGAGGUCCUCCUCAAGAGUCCACACAUCCGUGGCAAGGUCCUUGUGAUAGGGACCCCUGGCGAGGAGAACUGUGGCGGCAAGGAGAUGCUCCUGCAAAAGGACGCCUUCAAGGACGUGGACGCGGCACUCGUGGCUCAUCCUGCGCGCCAAGACAUCCUUAAAACGUCUUUCACGGCCAUGCAGCUUCUAACGAUCCGGUUCCGUGGACGGACUGCUCACGCGGCCGCGUCUCCCUGGGAAGGCCUCAAUGCCUUGGACGCAGCCGUCACUUCUUACAUGAACGUCUCCGUGCUUAGGCAGCAGAUGAAGCCUGAGUGGAAAGUACAAGGGGUGAUGCUGAACGCCGGCAAGUACCCGAAUGUCAUUCCGGAGGAGAGCGAACUCAGGUACCAGGUACGGGCCCCGAACACGGAUGAACUGAACCUGCUGGUCUCCAGGGUCGAAGCGUGCUUUAGGGGCGCCGCUGAAGCCACGGGAUGCUCGGUGGACAUCGCCAAGGGAAUCAAGUACAAGCACAUGAUUAACAAUGGCACCAUCAUCGACGUCUUCCAGAAACACGCCGAGGCUCUUGGCAUGGUCUUCGAGGACGCCGAUCCGGCAGUGGCGAAGAGGACCGGGGCUUCGACGGACACGGGCAACGUGUCUCAGCAACUGCCUACCGUGCACCCCGUGUUCGCGAUUCCAGCGAAGGGGCGCAACCACACCCGAGAGUUUGCCGCUGGUGCGGGCGACACCGGCGCCCAAGAACCAACUCUGAAGGUGGCCCGGGCCAUGGCGCUGACGGCUCUCGACUUGCUCGCGAACCCUGGACUGAUUGGCCAGGCUAAAGAGGAGCUGACGCUCGCCACCGCCUUGACGACAAAUGAGUAACCAUGUACAUGGGACUUAUUGAUGGAUUGCCAAUGGCAUGAAUGCCUAAAUAUACCUAUAAUGAUUGUUAUGUUUCAUCUUCAGAGCACACUGAAUUAUUGAUGAGGCUCGGUUUGUUUAUGGGCAAGACAUUCAGUCCUACCCAAAACAAUGAAAUGUUUAUUUAGAUGCGUUAUAUGAGUAAAAAGUAAGCGUGUUGCGUCUAUGUUUAGACCGCUGGAAGUUGGCCAGUUCCAAUGGGCGUCUGUCUUUGGUUUGCUAUGUUAUGUUUGCUUGCUACUUCCGCCCCUGCAUCUUUGUAGCGUACAUGAUUUAAUUGUCUGCGCGUUUCUCGGUGUGUUUCAUGUCUUAAAGUGUUCAGUGUCAAUAAAAUUUUCUUUAUA